CCUGCUCUGUCCAUUGGCUGCGCCCAAUGAGGGGCGGAGGAAGAGGGCGCCGCCUCUGGAUGCCGGGACUGGCGCGCAAUGGCGGACCGCCUCACGCAGCUGCAGGAUGCGGUGAACUCGGUGAGGGAGGCCGCGUUCCGCCCGGGACGGGGCUCGGGCCUUGAGCGGAACAUCCCCGGGCCCCGUAAAAAGAGGAGGAGCGGGAGGGAGGGAGGGAGGGAGCCCGUGGCUGCGCGUAAGAAGGACCGUGUACUUACUGUGAUGCUGCAAGUUCCUCAGCUGAACGUGUUAUUAUUGUUAUUAUUUUAAUGUAAAAGCCUUUCUGGAAGAGCUUAUUAGUUAAAACCCCUAAGCAGUGUGCAAAAACGCAGGGGCAAAGCAGUAGAAAGAGGGUCAUAAAAACAUUAGUAAGGUCCAAGCUUGUGAGUCAGGGAACGAGCCUGGGCACAAAAAGGGGCUGAGCAGUGACGGCUGAUGCUUCGUGUAUUUUGUAUUUGUCCACAGCUUGCAGAUCAGUUUUGUAAUGCGAUUGGAGUAUUGCAGCAGUGCGCCCCACCCGCUUCCUUCACCAAUAUUCAAACGGCAAUAAACAAGGAUCAGCCUACUAAUCCUACAGAAGGCAAGUAAACUUCCCUGUAAUACUCUUCAGGGAGAGAAAAGUAAAAUAAUGCACUGUAAUGUAAAAUGGGAAUCUCUUUUUAAUUCUGAACUGUUCUUUACUUUUUAAAAAUGUCUUACUGGUUUUGUAAAAUAAACAGAUGCAACAAGAACAAUGAAAACCAGUAUUUGUCCUUUACUUUUUAAUAAAGUAAAUGUAUGUGAGUUUCUUCCUUAACAGCUUUUUAAUCAAUAAUGAAUUGGCAGGGAUUAUUUGUAGGAUGUACAAGUGUGUGAAGCAGGUGUGGGACCCUCUUCCCCCUCCAGAGGUGGCUGAACUCCAACAUGGCCAGGGAUGAUGGGAGCUGAUAGUUUACCAAAAUCUAGAGGGCUCAAGGUUCUCUGCAACUGAUGUAAGAGAGGCCGCUAACAUUUGCCUCAGUUUAAUUGUCCAUGAGUAAUUCCUCAAAGUAAACAUUGAAUGAACCUAUAAGACAUAUUCAUACGACCAUAAGUUUUUGUUUGCCUUCUAUAAGGAGGGAUUCUUGUGGCUAUAAGUUGGACAGCCUGGGGACUUGGACUGCAGGAAUAUACCACUUUUCUGACUUAUAGUGAUGCUAUUGCCCUGCCUCCAAUUGCUCAGAUGUGAAGCAUCUUAUAGCAAACUAAAUCUGUGAAACUCUGGUAUUUGUGUAUUGUCACUUACAUAGUAAGGUCAUUUAACCUGUUCUAUGCUUGUUUUAACCUAUUCUAUGAGAUUCCUGCAUUGCAGGAGAUUGGACUAGAGAACUCUUUGGGGUCCCUUCCAGUUCUGUGAUUCUUACAAGUCUCAACAUGUUGAAUGGGCCUUACUACCUAGUAAGCAUGUUUAGGAUUGCAGCCUGGAGAUGGUGCGAGUAAGCUACACUGAACAUUGUAGAACUUAUUUUUAAGUACAGUGGUGCCUCGCAAGACGAAAUUAAUUCGUUCCGCAAGUCUCUUCGUCUUGCGAGUUUUUCGUCUUGCGAUGCACGGUUUCCCAUAGGAAUGCAUUGAAAAUCAAUUAAUGCGUUCCUAGGGAAACCGCCUUCAGACCAGGUCCGGGGACAGUCUGUCCCCGGACCUCUUCUGAAGGCUGGGGAGCAAGGGCUUUUCUUCCACCCCCAGCAUUUUAAAACCCCGGGACAGCGGAGGACUUCUCCGCUGUCCGGGCGAUCUUAAAAUGCUGGCGGGCGGCAUUUAAAAUCACCCCGGGACAGCGGAGGACUUCUCCGCUGUCCGGGGCAAUUUAAAGCCCCUGGGAAGGCAGGCAGGGGACAAAGACUUUGCCCCCGCCAGCCUUCAGAAGAGGUCCUGGACCUCUUCUGAAGGCGGGCGGGGCGAAAGUCUUUGCUCCCCCGCCUUCAAAAGCCCUCCGGGACAGGCAGGCAGGGGAGCAAAGACUUUCGCCCCCGCCCGCCUUCAGAAGGUCUUCCUCCCCCGCCCGGCUCGGAGCACCGUUCGGAGCCGGGCGGCGGGGAGGUCUCCCUCCCCGCCCGGCUCGGAGCACCGCUCGAGCCGGGCGGCGGGGAGGUCUUCCUCCCCCCGCCCGGCUCGGAGCACCGUCCCGAAGCCGGGCGGCGGCGGCAGGUGUUCCCUCCCCCGCCCGGCUCGGAGGAGCCUUCCGAAGCCCGGCGGCGGCGGGAGGAGGUGUCCCCGCCCCGCCGCCAGGCUUCGGAGGAGGUCCGAGGACAGUGGGGAAGACGCGCUGCGCUUCCCGCUGUCCCUGAGAUUUCCUAUGGGCUGUCGUCUUGCGAAGCAAGCCCAUAGGGAAAUUCGUUUUGCGAAGCGCCUCCAAAACGGAAAACCCUUUCGUCUAGCGGGUUUUCCGUCUUGCGAGGCGUUCGUCUUGCGGGGUACCACUGUACCGGUAAAUAUGCAAAGUUAUUGUGCUGUGAAGCUUAUAUGGUCAUUGCAAUGCUCACAUCUCAUAAUAUUGUUUCCUGUUCGUUAAUGGACUACUCACAUAAUAGAACCUAUCCUGUGGAGGCUUUGCCAUAGUAGCAGGGACAUACCUAGGGAUUGGCCAGGUUAUCCCAUGGCACAGGCCCAAGUGGGUGCAAAAAAAUGUACUUCUCCACUCUGGCUCGGAGUAGCUGUGAGCUUCCCCUGCCGUCCACUGGUAGGACACUUAAGACAACAAAAGCAAACUUCUUGAGUUUCUGGUUGGAGAUGCUGAUACAGCUUUUUGCCAAGGGUGCAUGAGAGCCUAGGUACACCUCCACAUCGAGAAGACACUUCCACUCAUGCAGGUUGGAGCACUUAUUACUGAUCCCAUCCACACCCCCACCCCUUAAGUCUCCAGUCUCCCACAGCAAAGCUUCUCCCAAGUGUUAGGGGACCCUCUGUUUGUUUGUUUUUUUAUAAGAUAUUUAUUAGAGUUUCAACAUAUUACAAAAAUAAGAGAAAAAAGUAAAAGAAAAAAAAUAGAACAAAAGUAAAAAUACAAAGUAAAAACAGUUAAAAACAAAUCAAUCUUUCUAUAUCUUAUCUUUCAUUUGCUUGUUUCCCUGACCUCCUCACACCUCCCUUUUUUGUAUUCCAGUUCAAUUAGUUAGUUCAGCAAUUCCUUUCCCUCUUUAAUUUUAUCUUAAUCUUUUAUCUUGAUAUAUUAUAACUUUAAAUUAUCACCUGUUAACAAUCCAUUUUUACAUAUUCCUUUAUAACAUUGCUGCUAAAAACCACUUAACUUCUAUCCAACAUCAUUCUAACAUUCAUUAAUUUUACAGUAUUUCUGUAAAUAGCUUUUAAAUUUCUUCCAAUCUUCUUCCACCGACUCUUCUCCCUGGUCUCGGAUUCUGCCAGUCAUUUCCGCCAGUUCUAUAUAGUCCAUCACCUUCAUCUGCCAUUCUUCCAGUGUGGGUAGAUCUUGUGUCUUCCAGUAUUUUGCGAUAAGUAUUCUUGCUGCUGUUGUGGCAUACAUAAAAAAAGUUCUAUCCUUCUUUAGCACCAAUUGGCCGACUAUGCCCAGGAGAAAGGCCUCUGGUUUCUUCAAGAAGGUAUAUUUAAGUACCUUUUUCAUUUCAUUAUAGAUCAUCUCCCAGAAAGCCUUAAUCCUUGGGCACGUCCACCAAAGGUGAAAGAAUGUACCUUCAGUGUCUUUACAUUUCCAACAUUUAUUAUCGGGCAAAUGAUAGAUUUUUGCAAGCUUGACUGGGGUCAUGUACCACCUGUAUAUCAUUUUCAUAAUAUUCUCUCUUAAGGCAUUACAUGCCGUAAACUUCAUACCUGUAGUCCAUAACUGUUCCCAGUCAGCCAUCAUUAUGUUAUGUCCAACAUCUUGUGCCCAUUUAAUCAUAGCAGAUUUCACCAUUUCAUCCUGUGUUAGGGGACCCUCUGUAAUGGAUAAUAAUAAUUAUAGUAGUAAUAAUAAUAAUAAUUAAUAAUUUUAUUUAUACCCUGUUCAUCUGGCUGGGUUUCCCCAGUCACUGGGUAGCUUACAGCAUAGUAAAACAUCAAACAUUAAAAACUUCCCAAUACCUUCAGAUGUCUUCUAAAUGUUAUGUAGUUCUUUAUCUCCUUAACAUCUGAAGAGAGGGCAUUCUAUAGGGUGGGUGCCACUACCAAGAAGGCUCUCCUCUUGGUUCCCUCUAACUUCACUUCUCGCAGUGAGGGAACCACCAGAAGACCCUCAGAGGAGGAGGACAGUGUCUGGGCUGAAUAAUGGGGGUGGAGCCGCUCCUUCAGGUAUACUGGGCCAAGGCCAUUUAGGGCUUUAAACGUCAGUACCAACACUUUGAAUUGUGUUCGAAAACAUACUGGGAGCCAGUGAAGAUCCUUUUGGACCAGUGUUAUAUGAUCCCGGCAGCCACUCCCAGUCACCAGUCUUGCUGCCGCAUUCCAAUACAGGCAGUGGGAUUGUUGAAAAUCAGGUGCCCUGCCUUGCAUGAACAAAGUGCUUUCUGCUUAGGCAAAACCAACACUAGAUCCAACUUAUUUGCACUCUGUAGGGAAAUGUGUUGUUUUAGACUUUCUGUACUCCAUUCCCAUGUGCUGUACAGUAAAUCUUUGCAGUAGUUAUUGUAAAAAUUUGAAGAAAACAAGUAAAAUAAUAAAAAUAUCUGUCAUUAUACAGUAAAUAUUAUUGUGCAUCUUGAAAUUUUAAACUAUGACUUGAACAACUUGAUCUUCUGCAAUAAUUAUAAAGAUGGUGUCCAUGUUGUUGCUUCUACAGAAUAUGCCCAGCUGUUUGCUGCAUUGAUUGCAAGAACUGCCAAGGAUAUUGACGUAUUAAUAGAUUCCUUGCCCAGUGAAGAAUCAACAGCUACAUUACAAGUAAAAAUGAAAUUUAAAUGGCUCAUGCUUUGUGUAAUACUGCUUUUGUUUACUAUUGGAUGCUAAGAAUAUGAAACAACCAUGACUGGCACAGAGAAGUCCAUAAUAACUGCUAAUGCUGUACACUCUUAAGUAAGGGGCGGAGAACCUGUGGCCCUCCGGAUGCUGCAGGACUCAAACUCCCACCAUUCCUGACUAUUGGCAAUGCUGGCUGGGGCUGAUGGGAGCGGAGGUCCAGCAUCUGGAGAAGUAUGUUUUAUCACCUCUUAUGUAAAUGUCAGACAGCAUUUUCUUUGGUGGGGGUGGUGAUCUCUGUAGGGAACCAUUGACCGAAACGUGUCUUCCAGAACACCCUUCUGGAACUGCACUUCCCAGAAUGAUUUGUGGUGCCAAAGCCCCAUUUCAGCCUGUUAGUCCAGAAGUGUACCCAAUUUUAUGAUAUCAAACCUCUGCAGAUCCAGCAGAAACACCAACUCCUGAUUGAUGUAGACAAUGCACUUAGAACAAUCAAGGUUGUUUUUGUUCUAUAACUUGGGCUAUAACUAUAUGAAUAUGGACCAAACCUGGAGUUGAGAGGUUGCUAUGUUCUGGUAGCUUGCCCAAGAACUGAAGACUGGCUUAGUUCCUGCUGUGACCAUUAAAAAGCUUAAUCUAUCUUAAAUACAGUUCUUGAUAACUUAGAAAUUAUUAGCUGUGGGGUAUAUACCUGUUUUUUAAAAACAACAUUUUAUAUCUAUUUUUAAACAUUAAAAAUGUAUUUAAUUCUAUUUUGCUACAUGGUUGUUUGAUGCCCUGGGCUCUUUGGAUAGGGAAGAUAAAAAUUUAAAUUAAAUAAGAAGUCCACUUUUGAGUGCUUGAGGGGGUGUCAGCAUAUAGGAAGCUGGUGCGUACCAAGUCAGGCCAUUGGUCCAUCUCGUUUAGUAUUGUCAACACAGACUGGUAGUAGCUCUGCAGGGUUUCAGGUGGUGGUGGUGUUUUCACAGCCCUGGAGGGACUUUUGGAUGCAAAGCAUGUGCUCUUCCACUUCUGCGAAGUCAUUAAGAGAGUUAUCUCCAGUAAAUGAAACUGUACAGUAUUAGACUUUUCAGGUUCUGUGUUACUGAAAUGCGUAAUAACAUGCAGUAUUACAAAGUGUUAUAAGACACCAACUAUUCACAGGCUAAAAAUAAGAGGGUCCCAGAAAUGACUCUUACCUCCUCCUCCCCCCCCCCCCCGCAAGAGUCAAUCCUCUUCAAUUUUAAAGCACUAAACAGAUGUGCUGUCGGCGUUUCUGUUUUUCCCAAAUGUAUAGGCUGCCAGUUUGCAUCGCUUGGAGGAAGAGAAUCACGAGGCAGCUGCACGUCUUGAAGAGGUGGUUUAUCGUGGGGAUAUGCUUUUGGAGAAGAUACAGAAUGCUUUAGCUGACAUUGCUCAAUCACAGCUGAAGACAAGAAGUGGCAGUCAUAGUCAACCUGCUCCAGAUUAACCACCAGAGGUGUUGGGACUUGACCAUAAAAUUUGAACUUCUUGAGAAGGUGGGGAGGGGAGGACUUUUUUAAAAAAAAGUUGUACAUUACUGUUGAGCCUUAAUCCUGCGGAAGGACGUUUGGUGUUGUGCUUCUGGGAAAACAUCUCCGUGUUGACAAGAUAUUCAGUCUUUUGUAAGGUAUUGCACUAGCAGGAAGUAAUCACAAAUUGAGAGUUGCCAAACUUUUAAUUUUUAAUAUGUUCCUUAUGCCCAAAGCCCUGUGCUUUGUUUGUUAGAUCAGAAUGUCUGAUUUCAUUUGACAGGCAACCUUGUGAAGUCAUAAUGAAUUAAAUGCCCCAGGCAUGCAUACUGGCACACGGUGUUUUAUUGCAUGGAAUUGUCCUUUCGACUUCCAGAGCAUUCAACUUCCAAAUCACGGCUUCUGGUUGGCUGCAGGAAGCUCCUACAGCCAUUUGGAAGCUGCAGAAGCCCCGUUGGACGUUUGGCUUCCAAAAGAAUGUUUGACAGUCGGAACAGUCACUUCCGGGUUUCGAUCAUUCGGGAGCCAAAAUGUCCGAGUUCUAGGGCGUUUGACAACUAAGGUACGACUGUCACUAAGCCAUGGUCUUUAACUUGCUCCUAAUGUUUAUUAUUAUUUUUCUAUUGACUAGCGGACUAAAGAAAAUCCUCUAGUUUUUCCAGUACAGAUUUGCAAUGGAUAGCAAGAGCUUGGUUUUUAUUUCUUGUGGGAGAUCUGGGUACUGUCCAGCUGUUGAACAGCUUAUAGACAUCCGCAUGUAGGUAUGCAUGAUCACUGUACAUUGGGGUGGGAAACCUCUGGCCCUCCCGACAUUGUUGGACUACAACUCCCAUUAGCUGCAGCCAACAUGGGCAGUGGAUUAUUGGAGUUGUAGUCCAGCAGCAUCUGCAGGGCAAUAGGUUCCACAUCCCUGCUGUAUACACUGCUACGGAUAUAAUUGGAUGGUCUGCUUUGGUGUGGAAGGGGAAGGAGAGAAGGUGUGGAAGAAUUAGAGGUUUGCAUACCUGUUCUACAUGGGACACAGCUUGGGCUAAAUCAGUUGAUUCAAACAAAGGUGAGCUGUCAUUUUUUAUUGGAAGCUCAGUCUUGAUGGUAUCCAAAGUUAGAAUUUAGACAAUUUGCAUAAAUGAAGCAUAGCUGAAUAUGACAGGUCAACACUUUAAUGUCAAACAUGUGCAGACAAAUAAAAAUUAAUUUUUGUCUUCAAAUAGUUUGUUUAUAUCUAUAUUGUCUCUCUCUCUCACACACACUCUCACACAGAAUUUUACCCUACUGCUUUUCUUUGUGUUGUAAUAUUAGAAACUAGCUAAAUUGCCCUCAUAUCAUCCUGAUAUUUGAUUAGAAAUCAAACCUACUUUAAAAUUUAUUUUUAUUCUACCGUCAAUUAUGUAAAUGUAAAAAUUAAAAAACAAACUCAAGUGCUUUUUACAAUAUUUUGUACACCAACUAAUUUUUUCAUGUCCACUUAUUAAGAAAACUCAUAAAUCGUACAAAAUCAGAAUUACAAAUAUACUAAAAGCAGAUUAAAACAAUAAAACUCAGACCCUAAAAAGGGCUAGGAAAACACACACACACACACACACACACGUACGUGUCAAAAGAUAGAAAAGUAGUUGCCAGAUGGGUCUGUGGGGAGGAAGUUACAUAAAUGAGGUGUUGCCCUCUGAUUGCCAGUCGUUUCAUCUUGGGCACUAUGAAGAUCCUUUUCGCUGACAACAAAAGACAGCAUUGCCUGGGCUUUAUAUGCAUGUUGUACAGGUUUUGUUGAACUAUCAGACCAUAAUCUUCGUGCCAGAUUUAAUAUUACUGAUAUUCAGGGAAUAAAUGGUGAGGAUUCCUGAAUAUUUAAAACAGUUGCUUGAAGAGAUGUGGAUCUUCCUUCUCAGCUACUCUAGUACUGGACCGUCCCAUUCACUUUGAUAUUAGAAAAUGAAGAAUGAAAUCAAGGUUCAGCGUUUGUGCUAGAAAAUGCUACACAUGGUUGACAGCAUCCAUUGUUCAAGAGAAUGCAAAUAUAAGCACUAGCACUGAUUUAUAUUGCCUGGACUUUCUUGUGUGCUAAUUAGUGUAAGCCCUUGUCUAUGUCCCUUUCCUGGAAACAAUUCCUAGGGGUCCCUGUUCGUUCAUCAUCAGAAUAGUUCUCUCAAGUCUAGUAGAUGCAAAUGUUUUGCUAUCUUUUCACUAUGUUAACCAUUUUUUUUCCUCUUUCAUAAUUGGAUACAGAAUGGAAUACAGGGUAUAGCAGAGGAUGUAUACCGUUUAUUUAUGUACGGUAUUUUUAUUUUUAAAGAUUUUAGAUUUCCCUGAAGUAUGACCAGUUAGGAUCUGAAACAUGUUGGAUCUAUAAGCAGAACCAGGCAGACUACUAAGGAGGGCUUGGGAGAACCUGAAACUUGAAUGUAAAGAACAACAUGCAGCUCUUAAUUCAGUUCAAUGACCAUCAACUCUUUUAUGGUGAGGGCCUUUCUGGUGUAGAUCAGUGGUGCUAUUUUGCAGUCUUUAAUUAAAAGGGACACAAAAUACUUGCAAUUCUUGUGUGUCAUAGCUUAUCAGUGGUGUUUAUCAAUGGUACUUUAAAAAUCAAAGUAUUGUUGCAUUUAUCAAAAUUAUUUUUAUUAUUUUAUUUUCAAUAAAGGAAAUAUG